AUGUGUACUCGCUCCGGACGAGCAUGUCAGGGGUACGCGGCGCCACCCGAUAGAAGAACCCGUGAAGUCCGAGACGCGCGGACCGCGAAGGCCAAUGGUGGCGCGCUGAACAUUGUGCACGUAGGACAGCAACAAGCUCAAUCUGCUGGGUUAAUCUAUGUGCCCGAUGGGAGUCAAAUUGGCCUAUCACGGAUAGAACGCGACUACUUGUAUUCGUUCCGUUCAUACACGGCUAGCCAAUGUGCUGGGUAUAACUUCGACCCAUUUUGGCAGGUACUUGUUCACCAAGUCAUUGAAUCUUGCCCGGGGGUCCGCCACGCAGCUAUUGGUAUCGGUGCCUUGCAUCGUAAAUUUGCAGACCCCACUUCCAGUCGGAAUGACAUUUUCCCAAUCCGACAGUCCGCAAAAGCAAUUUCAUGUCUUCGGAAGGCAAUGCUGAGCGAUGACCAAUCGGACCCCUCAGCCACAGAGAGGGUCCUGGUGGCGUGUAUCGUUCUAGUCACAUUUGCUAUAUUCCAGGGUGAUUUUGACGCUGUUCGCUGUCAUCUGCAAGCUGGCAGUAGGCUCCUAUUGGAGUGGAGAAAGAAGAACGCCAAGACCAGCGUUGUCGCGCCUGUUUUAUUACAUACAUUCGUACAGCUCCAUAUCCAUUGGGUAAGCGUUACAAGGCUCGAGGAUUAUAAGGGAGGAGAUCACCCCUACGUUCAAGAGCUUUUUCAGGAUAACCUCAUCGAUAUCUCUGCAUAUGGCGAUGAGUUGUCUAAAGCGACUAUGACAGCGUCUAUUCAAGGGUGGUCAUUGAUGCUCAGUGAUCCCAUAUCGUUUGACCCGCAGACCACCAACCUGUCGAAGGGGUAUUCCUGGGACAGCCCGGCGAAUAAGAUUCAUCGUUGGAAAACUCAAGUGGCGGACUGUCUUGCUCUCCACAGGGAAAAUGCUUCCCCGGAGAAACUCCGCACAUUUUUGCUGCUCCAGAUCCAGAUUGACCAGCAUGAGAUCAUCAUCAGCUCAACCACGUUUUCAGGCCGUGAAACAGAUUGGGAUAUCCUCCUCCCCCGCUUUCAGGGUGUCGCUGAUAAAAUAGAACUGCUGCUGAGUAGUUUUGUCGAUUUACCGGACCCCUUGUUCUCCGUCAAGGAAGGGAUCCUAGCAACUCUCAUGUUUUGUGGAUUGAAAUGUCGGGAUUGGUCGGUUCGCCAGAAGGUAUUGAACAUUUGCCGAAAAUACGACCGGCGAGAAGGUGUGUUUACUUCGGCCGAAGCCACGCUCAUGCUACAACGAAUCUAUGAAAUCGAGUCCGCGGGCAUCAGCCCGGGGGAGCAUAUCCCCGAAUCCGCUCGCGUCAACACAGUGCACAUCGCAGAACACCCCAAUAUUGCCAAAUUCAACCCCAAAACUCACCUGAAGUAUCGUGAUUACGAUGGGAAUUGGUACAGUGAGUGGUUGUCGCCAUGA